CGCGCACGCGCCGUGGCGGGAAGCUGCAGCGCGCGUAUAAAAUGGCGCGGCGCGCGAGGAAGAAGACGACCAAACCACAACCAAACCCUCGGCCUCACUUCGCUGCGGAAAGGCAUCUCGGAAGCCAAAGAAAAAAGGAAAAAAACAAGAACCGAACUCGUCGGAGGGAGAAGGCACGUCGCGUGGUUCUGUACCUAGGCUAAUGGCGACCUCCUCGCUCGCGUUGCUCGAUCAGACGAUGCCGUUCCCUGCCGCCGCCGGCGUCGGCGUCGCGGCGUUCGGCAGUGGCUCUGACCGCCUCAGCCAGGAGAUCUUCUCCAUCCUCGAGUCCAACUUCCUCUUCGGCGCGCCACCGGCGGAGGGGCCUGGUUAUUACUCUGUUGGCCGCGUCCGCGUGCUCUCGAUUGAUGGCGGCGACGGCGGCGCGCUGGCCGCGGCCGCGCUGGUCCGUCUCGAGCGCCGGCUCAAGGAGCUCUCUGGGAACCCUGAUGCCCGCGUUGCUGAUUUCUUUGACCUGGCGGCCGGCUCCGGCGCCGGUGGGUUCCUCGCCGCCGCGCUGUUCGCGUGCCGGAUGCCCGCCGAGGCGGCGCGCGACGUCGUUGCCAAGAACCGGAAGGUGUUCUCCGGCCGCCAUGGGAGGGGAGGGCUGUUCUGGAGGCCCGAGUCGGUGUUCAAGAAGGUGUUCGGCGACCUGACGGUGAGGGACGCCGCCAAGCCGCUGCUGAUACCCUGCUACGACAUGGCGACGGCGGCGCCGUUCGUCUUCUCCCGCGCCGACGCCGUCGAGGCCGAGGCGUUCGACUUCCCGCUCUGGCAGGUCUGCGCCGCGGCGUGCGGCGUGGGGCCCACCGAGGUCUCGUCCCUCGACGGCCGCACCAGGCUCCGCGCCGCGGCGGCCACCGGCGGCGGCGGCGCCGUGGCCAACCCCACGGCCGUCGCCGUCACGCACGUGCUCCACAACAAGCGCGAGUUCCCCUUCGCCGUCGGCGCCGGCGACCUCGUCGUGCUGUCCCUCGGCGGGAACAACGCCGCCUCAUCCUCCUCCUCCCCCCGCACGUCGUCAUCAAGCCUCCUGCGCAUCGCCGGAGCUUGCCAGGCCGACAUGGUGGACCAAGCUGUAUCAAUGGCGUUCGGCGAGAGCAGGGCGACCAACUACAUCCGUAUCCAGGGCAACGGCAUUGCGGCCGGAGCGACGACGGCGGAGGCGGCGAUGACGGAGCGGAGCGUGGAGUCCGUCCUUUUCCGGGGAAAGAAGCUAAUGGCGCAGACCAACGGCGAGCGCCUCGACGGCGUGGCGGAGCAGCUGCUGCGGGAGCACCACCGGAGGAUGGAGAGCAAGACGCCGGUGGUGCUCAUCAAGCCGUCGGCGACGCCGAGGACGUCGUCGUCGUCGGCGUCCACGCUCAUCACCGUGUCCACCAACGCCUCGUCGGAGUCUCCAUGAGACACGCACACACGACGAACCAAACUGGCGCCAAAAUUAACUACUAGCUUUGCCUCCUUUUUUUCUUUAUUCUAUUUAAUUUCUUUUUUGGAUGCUGGAGUUCAUCAUCGAUCUUGUUGCUUGGAGUAGUAAAGUAGUUGGCUUUGAUUGAUUUUUAGUUAGCCCGAGCGGCGCCGGCGCAUCGGGUUUUGGUUGCCUGCCGGCGCCGCCGGGCGCUCGCGCUCCCCGCCCGGGCCGCCGCCGGCGACCGGGAAGAAAGAGGAGAGUGGCAGAGUGAGGAUUGUCAGAGAGGCUUCCUAUUCUAGCUAGGAGAAAAAAAAGAAGAAGAGAUGCCGCGUGACGUGGCAAGAGUGACGUGUGCCACUGCAGCUGAAGCUGCAGCGUAUGAUGAUGUGUACAAUGUACUGCUACUGGCUACGUAGUUGCUUGCGAUGUAAUGCGAUCGAUGUGGCGUUUGCUGAUGUAACUAUGUAAGUUUUUAACUGUCCGUGCAAUUUGCCAGGGAUCAGUUCAGAUUUCAGAACAAUGUUGUUCAUCUUCAGAUUUCAGAACAAUCUGUUCAUCUUCAGUUCAGAUUU